UCUAAUAUAAAUUAAAUUUGAUACUAAUCUAUCCUUAAAAAUUUUUUUCUUUAAACUUGAAGUCUCUUGUACCUAUUUUUUUACAAGAAAUUAUUAUAAAAAUAAAUUGGAAAGAAAAUGUUCAUACGUUGAAAAUUGACAAUUUUCUCGGUGUAUACACGAAACACAUCUUUUUCUCUAGCAGACUUAAACACUCGAAUCGAUAACGAGAAAAGAAGAGAAAAAGAAAUGAAGAGAAGAGAGACGAUGGGAAAGGAGAAAGAAUUAUUGCAAGUAGUCCAGGAUGCUUCUCUGAUACCCUACCAGAUCAUUCAAGUGUGAUCAACCUACGAAAAGAGAGACUGGGAAAUUUAACCCUUCGCCGAGCGGAUCCAUUCCUAGCGAAGAAUUCCACUCGAUUCUCUCGUCCCGUAAUUCGAUUCAUUUUUAAUUCGAAACUAAUCGCCCUUCCUCUCACAUGGGGCUUUACGAUUUAAUUUACAGGCAUUGUGAAUAAAGGCUCUCUCAGAGCUCGCAUUACAUAAUUAUAUUCUUUACGAAUCACGCUUGUUCGUUAAUAUGUAAUCUCUCGUCUCGCGUAUAACCAAAACCGACCUAACUUCGCCUUUCUCUAUCCGUAGUAAAUACAGGCGUAGUGAAUACGGCGAGAUCAUCCUUCGGCAUGUUUCUCAAUUACAGGUAUUCGCCUUUUGUUCUCACGAGUGCGGUGCCCGCUCGUUGUUGAACUGCACGACCGUAUAUAUACACGCGACUAUCGGUCAAAUUGUGAAUAUUACUAAGUACAUGGAUAACAAAGUAAUCGAGACGAGUAAAGUUGGCAAAAGGGCAAACGGCAUUAAAAUAACUAGAGAGCAUGAAGCGCGUUUACAUAUGCGUGUGUAUUCUCACAACCUCAUUCUCAUCGAUUAACUUUGGCAUUUCGAUAGAAAUGGUGGAAUCGCGCUAUCGAGGACACUGUAGCGCCUGUUAUAUAUUUUGCAUACCGGUUCUGUGUGCUCACAGUUAUGUAACUGAGUGUGACAUGACACGAGAUAGUUCUUCUUGCUAAACGCUUCGUUAGCGUUUCAAGCCUAAACUUUGUAAAUGAAGAAAAUUCUAGAACUAAAAUAAUACAUGAUUAUAAAAUAAUGUUUGAUCGCUCACUUUGAUUUACCAGUUAUUUGAUUUCUAAUUUUUUUUUAUGUCGACAAUAAAUGUAUGUUCCUAUAAUAUUCACAACAUCAUGAUUUUAUUUUAACAAACAAAGUACCGCGGAAGAAGUAAGUUUCGCUAUUUAACUUCUUAUCUGUACUUGUUCCGCGCUGUGCGAGAUAAAAUAAUUUACAUUUAAGAGAGAUAGCCUUUGAAAUAAAGGUGUUUAAUAAGCGUCGUUUAGUUUUUUUUUUUUUUCCCCCCCAAGAAUAUUACCGCACAGAGCUACUCCACGGUACUCUGCUCUAUUUCGCUAAUACUAGCAACCCAGCUUAUCUAAAAGCAAAGACAAAUUCUGAUCAGAUAUAGCCACAGAAGUUGACCAUUUAAUUACUCCUUUGGAGUAACACGCGAUCACGCAAACUACAUUUAGGAACAAGCUCUGAAACGAAACGGCGUAUAAGUCGGCGUAUUCAUAAAAAAGUUAAGACACGCGUUUUUCGAGAUUACUGUACAAAGUUUCACGGCGCGAUUAAUGAAGAUAUGAAUAAUACACGAGUGUCUUGUACAAUCCUAAGAAUUUGGAUCACUUUGGACGCCUAUCGCGGUAUUACUUUGGUUUCCGUGCCAAGAUCGCACGGAACAAUGAGCGUCGUACUCCGGGAAAUCCUCUGGCACCGCUUGCUGCGGCAGCUGCUACGCUAACUUGUGAAUUGAAUACCAUUGACUCCAUUGAUAUUAAGUGAAAAUGCUACAGUCAGAUUGUAUUAUCAGCUUUUGGCUGGCGUUCUACUAGCCGCAGACGAGAUUAAUGGAAUGUACACGAUUCUAUUACCAAAUCUAUGAAGAAAAUAUUAAGCUGAUGGAAAAUGCGCUGCGAGGAAAUAUUUUCUGUUUUUUCUCGCGAUCGAUACAAUUGCGUCGAAAAAUACGGCGGGCCGCUGUUCUCCUUUCUUUCCGCAUCGCGUGCGUUGAGAGCGACGUGAACGAGAAUCUGGUGCAAGCAAGAAGAGGUGAAAGCAAAAGUUUCAUACGUGCAAAAAGCGAGAGGAGGAUGCGCUCUCAAAUGGGUCAUCCGCUGUCAAGUUCAAGGUCAUGCAACAUGUCAGAGACGAGCUUCCGUACCGGAUGCAUUUGCAUUGUGUGUCACAGCCCGUGACACCUACAAAACCCAUGACAUUGAACGCCCACGUGCUCCGAGCGGAAUUCGAGGCACAAAAAACCGAAAAAUAUUCUCAAUAACCUGAUAUUCGAUCAAUAAAUCUAUUUCAUGUGAUACAAGUGAUUUCCAUUCUUGUUAAUUAAUUAUUAGAUUAUCCUUUAUCAACGAUAUGUUUUAUCAUUAACCAUGCAAUUAAAAAUUAUUCUGCUACAACGUACAUUAAAUUGUCCAAAUCUUGGUUACGUUUAAAUCACUUGAUAAUGCGUAGAAGUGAUUACAGCCGAGAACAUGUUUGCACAGAUUAUCCAAGGCCAAACGUUUCCAUUCAUCGGCUUCAAGCACAACAUGGUCAGACCGCUGGUACCGGAAGUCUUUAAUUAAAGCGUGUCGAAAUGGUAACAGACGCGACAAAUUCUCUCCUGACUACCUUUGAAGAAAUGUUUCCAAUAUCACACGUGUAUCGAUACGUGCUUCAAAUUGACAUUCAACCAAUAAAAAAAUUUUUUAAAAACGAAAAUUAUAUUUAACUAAAGUAACGCGUACUUCUGACGAGAUGUACCUAAUAAAACCGCUUCCGCAGACCAACGUCUGACGUGGCAAAUUGGCCUAUCAAUUCCAAUUAAGUUUAAAAGACACUCGUCGACUUUUUUACGAUCGCGCCCAUUAACCGCGAUUUGCACGUGGCUCGUCUGACAGGCAGUUCCCAGAAGAUACCUUGGGCAACAGCACCUGGCAUGCAGAGGCGAUUCGACCCGUGUAGUCUGCCCGCCGCGAACUCCUCGUUACGUAAAACGACGACGCGAGUUGCGCGAGGCUCGAGACGUUCAGUUACACGAGAGAUAGACGAGCGAGCGCUUAGGCGUUGAUGCCCCGAUCUUCCUCGAGAUGCCCGGAGUCUCGAGUUCCCUCACCUGCCCGAAUGGUUAACUGCUUGCGUAAUCGGAGAGCGCUUUAAGACGAUAUCACCGCGCUUUUUUUUUUACGAGAACUGGAAAUGGAGACGUAAUGAGGCAAUAAUAGAGAAAUAAGGAUAAUGUUAAUAUGUACUCGCGCGGUUGGGGAUUCCGAUUGGGGAUCGUGAAACAAUGCGAAUAUCGAUACCGAUUUCUUCGCGAGUACCAAGUGUACCUUAAACGUCGCGGCUAUUACAUAUAGGCUCGUAAAUCUCUUUUGCCAGCAAGGUGAUGAUCGGAUUUAAUAGCGCGCUCCCACAUGGGCGUAUUAAUCUGUCGGACAAACACGUGCGAAAUCGCAAAUGCCGUUUUCAAUCCUCCCAACUCUAAUCUCUACACGGCGAUUUUUUUUCCUCUCUAAAACAACACGGCACGCCACCAUCAAUAUUAUCUGUACACUCUCGCGCUCCAUCCAUCGCGCUUGUAAAACAACAUCUGCCAAUACAUCAAACUAAUCCCUUUCGAUUCACACUUGACUCACUUCUCUCGCUUAUACUUGUGUCAUGAUUAACGAGAUAUAGAAUCAGUAGCUUAUUCAACAUCGGCUCUGAUAAACAUUUAUGAGAGACACUCAAAGAGUUUCGUAUCGACACAGAUAAAAACUUGUGAAAGGGUGAGCAGAUACGAACGAUUACGAGCUGAAUUGGCAUAGAUUGAGGACGCAGACUGCCGUUUAAAAACCUAGCGAUUGAAAGUGGAAACGGCGCAAUUAAAACGGAGCGGUGCUCCCGGCACGGCGGUGAUAAAAUUCCAUUCGACAUUCGCAACUUGCGAGAGAGGCAAGAAUUAAUAGCGAGGGGCGAGUAAUCUCGCAACCUCGCGAAUGCCAUAAGAGCGGCGGCAUCGCGUGGAAGGAGGGAAAAAAGUGACGAAGAACUUACGCACACGCGUGGUGCGUGUGUUUCACGUUGCGUUUGCGUGCAUUUGUAUAUACGCGGUUACUGCGCGCGCGCGCGCGUGCGUGCGUGCAUGUGUUUCAUGAUUCGCCGCGCUCACGGGGAGGACCUAGAUAGAUCAACACCGGCGGCGACGGCACAACCGCUGCAUUCCAUCCGUCGUAAAAGUGCAUGCGGAGCUCCAAGGACUACGAGUCGGCGGGACGACGGCAAACAGAAAGAGGAGGAUGGUGGUGGUGGUGGUGGUGGUGGUGGUGGCGGCAGAGAAACGUGAGAGGAGGCGAAAUUCAAAAAGGGAAACUUCGCAGCAGAGGGACACGACGAGGAAUGCCAGCUAGCGUUGUCGCAAUUCUCUUGGGCAAUCUCCCCCCCGAGACGCCGUACGGGACGUAUUUCACCCUCCCGCGUAUCGUCGAGAAGCUAAUUACGGAGAUCGUCGCGUCGCAAAAUUAGUUUAUUAAAAAAAAAUCUGUGAAAAGUAAACAUCGCGCAUUAUUAUUGCUUUACGAGUAGUUUCGAGAAUUUUUAAGCGAUUUUUUUAGGUGACGGUCUUGCGAUAAUACCUGAUAAGAAAAAAAUUACUGCACGUCAUUAUUACGUAAAUUAUUCGAAACCACUCUGACUUUUAAUGAUCCGCGCAUGAAUACAUAGUGGGAAGGUAAUAUCGCUCGCGGUCGCGCUGGCGUAAAUAGCGCCCGCCGAAUAGAUGUAAAAUCACGAUCCGCACUUAAUGAAUUCUCACCUGUCAAUGUAUAUAAAUGUACAUUGAUUAAUAUUCUUACAAGUGGAAUUGUAAAUACAAAAGCGAACGUAAAGCACUUUACAGAUGUUACGCAGUCUGCGAAGGCCUGACGAGAUACACUUGUUUAUUUAUCAGAAAAGAUUUGAAGAGCGAAGAUGUCGCAAAUAAUUUUUUUUUUUAAGACGAAACAAAGAGAAAAUUGAAAAUAGCAAAACGUAUAGAGCGAAUGAUUUGAAUAGCUGUCCGAGGAAACACCUUAUCGGCCUGCCUACAUCCUAUUUUAGUUCCGCACAAAGCGGUUUUACUUUACUUUAGCCGCCCGUUUUCCUAGAACAGAUGGUUAACUAGAACGCGACAAAAGUGUGCGAAUCGAUGACACGUAUCGUUUUACUCGCGGUCUGCAAAGGGCGCAUUCGCAAAUUGAUAUCGCGAGGAUAAAAACGCAAUUAAAAGCCAGAUAUUUGCGACUUGCGGGCAUAAACUAGUGAAAAAAAACAUAAUUCGUCGUGGGCUUGGCUUUAUUUUCCCGCAAAUGCCUUACUAACACUUCGAAUAUACUUCGUAAAUAAGAAACCGGGAGGGGGGGAUGUAUCACUAAAUAUAUUGCAGCUAUUUGGAAUAACAAGACCGCGACACAUUUGGAUGAAUCAAUUAGCAAGUAAAUAAUUCUCUCAUUUUAAGAGAGAGAGAGAGAGAGAGAGAGAGAGAGAGAAAGAGAGUAGAAAAUCAAUCGUAAUCAACUGAGACCAGGAGGGGGAGUUGAGAAUUACAUGGUUAAUUUAUCGCUCGGCGAAACACAGUUCGCUAGUUACGGAAACAAAAUAUCUCGCCGUUCUGCUGGCGGGAGAAAGAGAGACGCGGAUCUACGCGCGCGGAAGUUCUAUUUUUCCGAUAUCUAAUUAAGAGUUUCGCCAUCCAUCGUGCGCGAGAGAUAGCGGAACUUGCCGUCGUUUUAUUGAAGUCGCGGAGUCUUUCGCAGCGAAUAAAAUAAACCAUUAAUUUCCGCCUUUUCCGCGGAAAGCUAAAAUGUCCGGAGACGCUCCUCUUCUUUCGCUUCUUAAUCUUUCCGGUUUGUAUACGCGGUCAUAUCCGCUAAAUAAAUAAUCCAAUUGUAAUACACAGAUAGGAACACCUUCCCACCCUUUUAAUACAAUUUAAUAUCCAUUGAACCGUCGAGAUACUAGAGAGCCCGAAAUACCGCAACGCCUAAGGGCUUCAGCCCGACACGAGUGCUUCAUUGCAAAUUGCGAUUGCAAAUAAUACGAAUACAUCCAUCAUCCUGCUGCCUCUCCCUUUUCCCUCCUCAUUUCCACCUUCUCCUCCUCCUCCUCCUCCUGCUGCUGCUGUGUUGCUCCUUCCUCCCGUAUCGAUUACGUCGCGCGUGGGAAAUAAUCGACGCCGUGCGCGAGUGACGUCGUCCUACGACGAUUCGUUUAGCGUGAAAACACAAGCCUCGCUAGGCUGGAUUGUAAAAUUACGCGCAACUAGGUCAAUUCGCCGCCGUCCACGUGUUAUUACGCGCGCGCGAUGUCAGUGUUACGCCGACUGCUACGUGCUGAAAGUGCCGGACCUGUUUUAAGUGAUAAAAGUGUAAUCAAGGUUGACCAGCGCGCGGCUGUGGCGGUCGAUCCCUUUGCAUAAAUCGUGAGACCAAGCCGCGCACGGCGGAGACUGCAAAGUAAUCGAGGCUAACUGUAACUCGCGCGAGUUUUCUCAAGACCUAGAAUCGCAGGCGUACCGCGCGUGUUUCAACCAACAACACUCCACCUCCAACGUUGGCUAAUGCUAAUCGCCGGUUAACUCGUUUUCUCCGCCUCCGUUUACGCGUUGCAGAUAGAGCUAAACGAAAAUAACAUCUUUACGUUCGUUCUUAAGACCCAAGUUCGCAAAUACGUUCGAGGGUUUUCGAUAAAAUAAUCCGAUGAACCGUAGUCCGUAACCGGUGUUGUCGGUCGGUAUGUACACACGUCGGUGACCGUUACUCCCUUGCAAUUCUCUUUCGCGCGACAUGAAAAUUCUAAAAAAAGGGAAAAAAAUACAACGUUAGCUACGGGGCGUUAGCUUUGUCCGCGCACCUGCUAUCAGAGUCUGACACUUCCUCUUUCUCGCCGCAAGGGAAAACAAAUUCAACCUACAAAACGGCAUCUAGUGAAAUGAACGCCGUCGAUCUCAACAAACUCCGUCAAAUUGAGAGGGAAAUCGAUUGUUAUAAGCCGAUGUUGCGAAGCUACCGCGACAAGUACGAGAACAUAGAGACGGAGAUUUGCGACGUGAGGCAAUUGCAACGGAAAGCACGGUUUGUGCUGGAUAAUGUGCGGUCGGAGGAGGAGGAUCUUCAUGCGAGUUUCAGGAAUUUACGUCUGAACUACGAGGCGUGCGUAGAAAGGUCGAGUGGUUACGAAGAUCCAAAUGAGACAAUUCACGCGAAGAUAAACGAGCUGACAACGAUGCGGAGGAAGCUGAUGGAAGAGCUGACGCAAUUUAGAAAAAAGGCGGACAAUCAUGGACAAAAGCUCGCUCGCGUAAAAGCUAUGAUCACAGAACAAGAAAAAAGAAAUGCAACACAGCUUCAAAAAUUGAAGGAGAUAUCCGAGAACAUCAUCAUACCCAUUUCGCCGAAUAUAAGCAAACGGAUAGACACCGUUCUAAGACAUCAGGAGAUAAACGAAGGCGAUGAUGUGAUUGAUAAUACUAUGCAAUAAAAUUUUCAUAUAAAUACGAAACACUUUUUUGUACAUUAUAAAUAUUUAAAAUGUUAAUAUGUUUACAUAAAUAUCACAUGU